AUGGUGGAUGUUGGUGCUUAUGGCAAAGAAGGAGAUGCAGUAAUAUUCCAAAAAUCAAAAAUGGGCAAACUUAUCAAUGAAGGUGCCGUAUGCCCACAUCCAAAAACACUGCCUUCUGCGGAUAUGAAGCUUCCACAUGUCAUAGUAGGGGAUGAAGUGUUCAGGUUAGACAGACAUGUUAUGAAACCUUACCCUCACAAACAGUCCCUAAGAGAAUAUAACUACGUUUUAAGCAGAUGUAGAAGAGUCACGGAGAAUGCUUUUGGCAUUAUGUGUUCAAUUUUUAGAAUAUUCUUCACGCCUAUCAACUUGAAACCAGACACCGUAGACUUAGUAAUAUUUGUAUGUUGUUGCCUUCACAACAUGUUAAGGGGUGACUUUUUGGCCUGUAAUCCCCCUAACUCUGAAGAUGUAGCCAAUGUUAAGUGGGAGAUGCCUGAAAAGAACAUGAUACUUAUAGCCUGGGUUGGUGGUUUCGCUAAAAGUGAAGGGUUUCAAGUAAGGAGCAGAUUCACAGAGUAUUUCAAUUCUCAGUUCUAUAAACAAAGAUUAAGUACUGUACUGUCUGCCAAGAAGACGAGAAAAACAAAAUAA